CGCUGCCUGAGAUGGGAAUGGGGGGAGGAAGCUCGCGGAAGAAACAGUGGAGGGCCGUGGAAAGAAAGCAAUCGGCUGAGUUAGGGACAGGGUACCAGGUAGGGGAGGAAACAGGGGACAGAUAGGUGGGGCUCCGGCGCAUGCUCAAUAGGAACGAGCGCGGCUGGGGUGGGGACGCAUGCGUAGUGGGCUUCUCGGGCGGUGGGGUGGGCGCGAAAUUUGGAGACCCACUUGGGGAAAGGUAAAAUGCGGGGCCCAAUUUUAAGGUACCUGUGGGACCGGGGCUCUUAGGGUCUUGACACAGGACAGGCCUGGGCUGAAAGCCCAGGCACACCCGGCCAGAGAGUGUUGCUCCACUCCCGGGCUUUGCUCGUCAGGAUGGUGGUGCCGUCGCUGAAGCUUCAGGACCUCAUCGAAGAGAUUCGCGGGGCCAGGACUCAGGCCCAGGAGCGGGAGGUGAUCCAAAAGGAGUGCGCCCACAUUCGGGCGUCCUUCCGCGAUGGGGACCCAAUGCUCAGGCACCGGCAGCUGACCAAACUGCUCUACGUCCACAUGUUGGGCUACCCCGCCCACUUUGGACAGGUAUCGGCCAGGAAUACUUCUCUUCUGAGCUUGAUGAAGGCUAGUGGCGCAGUCUCAGACGCCGUCACCUGUUUAAGGCCUGUUUUUUUAUUUGUUUGUUUGUUUUUUCAUUCAUUGUACAUUUUUUGAGUUUCCAGCCUGCGCUGCAAACCUCUUUCCCCAUUGCUACCCCUACUGGUCAUCAUCUGGCCUGAGCCCUUCAUUCUCUGGCUAGCCUUGUUUAGGGCAGGCACCUCCUCCACUCCUCUCGCCUCCCAUCCUCCUCAACUCCUAGUUCCUCCUACCCACUAACACCUGAAGCUCCUAAACUUCUCCUCUUUUUGAAGGGAGGGUGAUGAGAUAUGAUGCCCCACAGGUUAAUCUGUUUUUAAAGAGGAAGAUGGAAUAGGGAUGUGAGUGUCUCUGUUUUCACCCCUGCCUCUUCCUGGUCUGCCCGCUUCUCCAUAGAUGGAGUGCCUGAAACUGAUCGCCUCCUCCAGAUUCACAGACAAGAGGGUGGGCUACCUGGGGGCCAUGCUUCUAUUGGAUGAGAGGCACGAGGCCCACCUGCUCAUUACCAACAGCAUCAAGAAGUGAGAGGGUUCUGGCAAUCACUUGGAAUCAGGGAGAUGGGAGAGUGGGGAACCUUGGAAAUCCCAGGGGACUGCCUGUUGUGGGUAUUGAAAAGGACUGAUUUUCUCAGAGGCCUGACUGACCGUCCUCCCAAACCCUGCAGUGACCUGAGCCAGGGGAUUCAGCCAGUACAAGGCCUGGCCCUGUGCACUUUGAGCACCAUGGGCUCUGCUGAGAUGUGCCGAGACCUGGCCACAGAGGUGGAGAAACUGCUUCUGCAGCCCAGCCCCUACGUGCGCAAGAAGGCCAUUCUGACUGCUGUGCACAUGAUCCGGAAGGUCCCCAAACUCUCCAACGUCUUCCUCCCACCCUGUGCCAAACUGCUUCACGAGCGCCACCAUGGUGGUACCCCAGCUGGCACAGAUCCUCCGGACUCUGGUGACAACGGGAUGCUCCACAGAACACAGCAUAUCUGGAGUCAGCGACCCCUUCCUGCAGGUCCAGAUACUUCGUCUGCUUCGGAUCCUGGGCCGGAACCAUGAGGAGAGCAGUGAGACCAUGAAUGACUUGCUGGCCCAGGUGGCCACUAACACAGACACCAGCCGAAAUGUGGGGAAUGCGGUUCUGUUUGAGACAGUACUCACCAUCAUGGACAUCCGCUCCGCAGCUGGCCUACGGGUUCUAGCUGUCAACAUUCUUGGCCGUUUCCUACACAACAGUGACAGGAACAUUAGGUAUGUAGCCCUGACGUCACUGCUUCGGCUGGUGCAGUCUGAUCACAGUGCUGUGCAGCGGCAUCGGCCCACUGUGGUGGAAUGUCUACAGGAAACUGAUGCCUCCCUUAGCCGGAGGGCCCUGGAACUAAGCCUGGCUCUGGUAAAUGGCUCCAAUGUGCGAGCCAUGAUGCAAGAGCUGCAAGCCUUUCUGGAGUCCUGCCCUCCUGACCUACGGGCUGACUGUGCCUCAGGCAUCCUGCUAGCUGCAGAGAGGUUUGCUCCAACCAAACGCUGGCACAUAGACACCAUCCUGCAUGUGCUGACAACGGCGGGCACCCAUGUGCGGGAUGAUGCAGUGGCCAACCUGACUCAGCUGAUUGGGGGGGCCCAGGAGCUACAUGCCUACUCCGUGCGUCGCCUCUACAAUGCCCUGGCACAAGACAUCUCCCAGCAACCACUGGUGCAGGUGGCAGCCUGGUGCAUUGGGGAGUAUGGGGACCUCCUGCUGGAGGGGAACUUCGAGGAGAUUGAGCCCCUUCAGGUGGAAGAAGAGGAAGUGCUGGCAUUGCUGGAAAAGGUGCUGCAGUCCCAUAUGUCCCUGCCAGCCACCCGAGGAUAUGCCCUCACAGCCCUCAUGAAGCUCAGCACCCGCCUCCGUGGGGACAACAACCGCAUCCGCCAGGUGGUGUCCAUCUACGGGAGCUGCUUGGACAUGGAGCUGCAGCAGCGGGCUGUGGAGUAUGACACACUCUUCCGGAAGUACGACCAUAUGAGGGCUGCCAUCCUGGAAAAAAUGCCUCUUGUGGAGCAAGGUGGCCCUCAGGUUGAUGAGGAAGCAAAGGAAAGUAAAGAAGGAGCCCCAGCGCCCACAGAGUCCCAGGCCUCACAGCUCCUGGAUCUGCUAGAUCUCCUGGAUGGGGCUUCUGGGAAUGCCCAGCAUCCUCCUCUUCUGGACCCCUCUCCAGGAGGUGCCCUGGUACACCUGCUUGAUCUUCCCUGUGCACCUCCAUCCCCAGCUCCCAUCCCAGAUCUCAAAGUAUUUGAGCGUGAGGGAGUACAGCUGAAUCUGUCUUUCAUUCGACCCCCCGAAAACCCUGCUUUGCUGUUAAUCAUCAUCACUGCCACCAACUCCUCAGAGAGUGAUGUCACCCAUUUCAUCUGCCAGGCUGCUGUGCCCAAGAGUCUCCAGCUGCAGCUGCAGGCCCCCAGUGGGAACACAGUUCCAGCUCGGGGUGGCUUUCCUGUCACUCAGCUCUUCAGAAUCCUCAAUCCUAACAAGGCCCCCCUGCGGCUAAAGCUGCGCCUCACCUACAACCACUUUGGCCAGUCGGUGCAGGAGAUCUUUGAGGUGAACAACUUGCCUGUGGAAUCGUGGCAGUAACUGUCUUCACUCACAGCCUGAAAUUCUCCUGUGUCCCAAACCCCAGGGGGCCCCAGCAGUUUGGAACCUACCCCUGAGGGCUACCAGCAGGUGGCGCUCUGGCUUUGCACUGCAAAAACUGGGGACCAGCCCCAUUCUCCCACAAAUAAAGCCCAAUAAAGCCUGAGAGGGGAGGAAAGCCA